CUUUUCUUCUAUAUCUACGACAGAAUAUAGAAUUGUCGACUCUAGUGUUGCGGGACCUCUUUUCAGCCCCAAAAAGUUCAAGGUUCUAGUGAGGGCCAAGUGUGUCCGUUUGGUUUGCUUUUUGGUUACGGCCACCCUUUUUGUUGGAGGAGCUUCUUCUGAAUUGGCUUACUCUAAUGGGCAUAAGAAUCCAGAGGAGGUAGUACAAUUCUUAUGGAACAGAAAACCUAGAAUUUUACUCCAAUGGACCCCUCAUAUUUCUCAAAAAAUUAAGCUUGCUGUGAGAGGAGGUUGUUCAAAUGCAUCCAGUGACUACAAGUGGCUCAGCUCAGAUAUGAGGAUUUUGGAUGUGUCAUCCUAUGGAGUUAUCCAGGCAAAAAGGCCUGGAAUAGCCACUGUUAAAGCUGUCUCCACUUGUGAUCCUCACAACUUUGAUGAGAUUGUUGUCAAAGUUUUCCCUAGUCAAGAUGUCUGCUAUGACAUGGAUGAUAUGGAUCAUAAACUCGACAAUGAUCUAUCGGAGCCAAUCUAUGUCUCGAAGCGAAAACCUAUAUGGAAGACAUGCCUUAAGAUGACUGACCUAGUAAUCUUUCUUGUUGGUGGAAUUUUUGCUGUAGUAUGCUCUUAUUGUUUUAGCCGUGAUGGCUCCGUAAUGCCUAUUAAUCGGUGUUCAAAAAAGCAGUUUAAAGGAUCGUCUAUGCGCCGUAUAAGAAGAUACAGAAGAUGACUAUAAAUUUGGUGAUUAUUACCUAAGUGUUGAAGGGUGUGAUUGGUAGUUUGGUACUUGGUGUGGAAGCUGUAAGCAUAUAAAUUUCAAACAACCAAAUUUUUUAGCACAAAAAUAAGUUUGUUUCCAAAAUUUAGCACAAAUAAGUUUAUAACUAUAA